AUGGUCUCGCUGCAACGGACGAUCCGAAAUAUGCGCCGUGUUGGGCUGCGGGAGUGGUGGAGGCAGAUGCAGUACAUCGGUGAUGCCAAAGCGGGAACUUACGUCGGAAAGGAUCAGUUCGGAAACAGGUAUUUCGAAAACAGGAAUCCAGAGGAGGAAGUUCCUGGUCGCCACCGAUGGGUUGACUUGGCUCAACAUGAAUACAACGCCACUCAAGUCCCUCCCGAAUGGCACUCGUGGAUACACCACAUCCGUAAAGAACCUCCCACAAACGACCCUGUCAUGCAGGCCUCAUCUCCUCCAUGGAAGGGGACCUAUGUUGAGAACUUGACUGGUACACGGGGAGCCUACAAGUCGUACAACACCGUUGUUCCAAAGAUCAAGGCAUGGGAGCCUAAAGUGAAGGCUCGCGCAUAG